UUUUUGCUGACCCAUGGGACUGACAAAGGCGCAUGGAGCGGUAGCAUCCAAAGUCUAUACGUGCGAUCGAGAAUUGCGGGAUUUCAUUACUGCCGCAAUGACGCUAGCUUUAGCUUUUGGCGGCUAACGUUAGCGUCCUUUACCUUCCGCGUUUCAUACACCGGCUUACCCUGCGCCACCUCGCUGAGAAAAUGCAUCUGAUGUGUCGCGAGCUCGAGAGGCCACAGACAAGAGACUGGUUCCACACAUGGUGUGAAAACACUCCAUCAAAUAGGAUGGUCGAUUGUAAAAACUCAGCUGUCCACUGAAAACACUCUUGACUGCUUUUAGUUUAAACUGUUGCACCAAUGGAUGGGGAACCCCUACAGCCUCCUGGGAACCAGCCUGUGGAAAAAGAUGCGAGACCAAGCCGAGAGAAGACUAACGUAGUAGAGGAUGCACAUGAACAUGAUACACCUGGAAGCCCCAUGCCAGAUCAUGUAGGAGAAGCUCGGGGAGAGGAGAGUCAGACUGAGGAAGAAAAGGCCCCUGUUGGCUGUCCUCCCACUGACUGGUUGGAGCCGCUAGAAGAUGAUGACCAAGGUGAUGAUGAUGAAGAAAGUGUAGCAGGGGAAAGUGAAAAGAGUCAUAGUAUAAGAGGCAGUGAGAAUGCGCAAAAAACAGUAGAUAGGCUUGUCCGACCUCGACGCAAGCGUACCCAUCCCGAUGAGGGAUGGUUUGACUUUCCUGGUCUUGGAGAGGGUUGGAAACGCAAAGAGGUUAUUCGGCAAUCUGGUUCUAGUGUUGGCCAAAUGGAUGUCUAUUACCUCAGUCCUCAAGGUUAUCGGGUGAGAAGCAGAGUAGAGCUGAUGACAUGCCUUGUCGGAGUCCAUGACAUAUCAAAUUUUGACUACAAGUCAGGGAAGUUCUAUAAUGGCGAAGUACCAAAACCUCGAGGCAGACGGAAGAGGAAGGUGCGGGAGCGUUCCUCCUCUGAGUCCAGCUGGAUGGAGAGAGGAGAGGGGGCAGACACUCCGGACUCCCACCCUAAGCGCCCCCCCAACCAUUGGACCAAAUCCUUCCUCUCUAAUGACACACCUUGCCAAAAUGCGAGCAGUGAAAGUGUUGUACCCAGUAUUAAAAUAAAAUUUCGCCUGCCGUCAUCAUCCAAGGCACACCUCUCCAUAAAAGGACAACCUGGCCCAGAUGAUAAAACAUUAUUGUGCUCCAAAUGUGGUAUGCCCUUCAUUGGCACGUGGUACGACAGACAAAGAAAGAGACCUUCCUGUCCUUCAUGUUGGGCUUCAAAGACAAUUGAACACCCACUGAUUCGUUUACGAAAGUGGAUUCCAUGUGGGCAGUGUGUGGGUUGUCAUAUGACAGUAAACUGUGGCCAGUGUGCCAACUGCAAAAGUCCUGAGAACCGAAAACGCAUAUGCAGAAUGCGCAAAUGUCUCUGUCCAAUUCGCAAAAGUUCUGAAACAGAAAGUAUCAUACCGAAGAUGCCAGAAAACGACAUUUCUGAAUUACUGGACGACAACAUGAGUUUGCAGGAGGAACCUACAGAGUCACAGCAACAGGAUCUAAAAAGCAGUGAAACAGAGAACAUUUCUUCCAACAUGGACUUUGAGGAUGAUGAUGACUACUCAACGGAUGAUGAUGAUGAUUGGCAUAAGAAGCGGAAGCGACGUGCCUGUGGAGAAUGCAACGCGUGUCUCUGCAGGAAGGACUGCGGCACAUGUGAUUUUUGUGUUGACAAACCCAAGUUUGGUGGCAGCAACAAAAAGAGGCAGAAGUGUCGCCUCCGACAGUGUCAGAGACAGGCAAUGAGGCACUUGCUCCCCUUUGAGAUGUCUCAAGGCGCUUAUAGGUCAGAUGAUCCGUCACUGCCAGGCAGGCCAAGGCCUCACUACACAUACAGUCGAAAGGCAAAUUUAAAGAGGAAUAAAUUGCCACCAGGCUGCUGGGACUUAAGUGACGAUGACGACGACUUCCAAGAUAUUAACUGGAGCUCCGAACCUUCGAGAAGUAACGCAAAUGACAUUAACCUGAUGGACCAAUCUAAACAGUUAAAUCGUUCAAUUUUGGAAGAUCAAGAAGUGGCAAAAAGAGGUCAUCAAAACAACAAAAGUUCUCAAGACCAGCAAAAAGAAAGGGAUGAAGAGGAGACACACAUUGACACGGAUUAUCCAAGGCACAUAGAGGAGGAAGAUAAUGACUCUGAGUUGCCUAUGAUCACACAGAUCUUCAGUUUGGCUGAUAAUCCUGUCGAAACAAUGGAGGACGGUGAUACCCAGCUUUUGAAUCUGCUCAGUUCUUUGCGUUGCACCUCAUUGCCGAUCCUCUGGUAUGCAGUAAUGGCGAAGGGCCCGCAGAUUCAGCUUGUCCAGUGUUCAAAACAGUCCAACAUGUCUGAUACCAUAGUGCUGAUUGACCCAGGCUUCUUCUAUCAGGUCACUGUGCAAAAGCAACCGCUUUUACCCACCCACUCACUCUAUCGUAAAUUCCCGCAGAAGUUGACCUCUGUGACUGAAGUGGUCAGUCUGCUUUUGGGCCUGGAGAAAUAUGCCCUAUGUCAGGGGCUGCCCCCCAAAGGCCCAUUAUCCAGCCAUGCCCCCAUUACAUUGGAGCGAGCUGCGACAUACAACUUAUCUGGAUCUGGAGAAGAUCUGGAUGUAGGAGUGGGCCAAAAUCUCUGCUGCAGUGUAUGCAACCUGGUAAAGAAGUACAAGAAACAUUCAAUUUCUGUAAUUGUUCAAUGUUUCUGUACCAAAUAAGUUAUAUUUUUCUCUUGUAUCAAAUCCUUAUUUCAUGCAAUCAAAUGCAAAUGAAUUAUUCAAAAAUCGUUCAAUGUGAUUUUCUGGAUUUUUUUAGACUGUCUCUCACAGUUGAAGUGUAUGAUGAAAAUUACAGACCCCUCCAUUCUUUGUCAGUGGGAAAAUGUGCAAAAUUGGCAAUGCAUCAGAUACUUAUCUCCCCCAUUGUGUGUUACAAUUCCUGGUCUUGACAAAGACUUUGGUGGAACAUUACUAUUUGCUUUCCUUUUAUUUAUUUAUAGUUUCCUAAAGAAAUUGUUGAACCCUAAAUUGGUGAAAUCAUCUUUAGAAUCUGAGUUGAACAUGUACAGAAUUGACAGAAUUGUGUUGAAAUAAAUAUUUCAGCUGAGUCUACAUUAAA